CGAAGACUGAUCUCUGAUCAGUGUUCAAGAAACCCUGCAAGAAAGUCAGGAGUCUCCCCGCGAUCGCUGUGGCGGAGACGAGAGGUUGCCAUCUGCGGCACGGAAGGGGAAGCGCUGCCGUGGGAUCAGACUAUCCUGCUGCAGGAUUGUCUUUCUGCAGACUGCCGUCCGUGAAAAGUAUUGACAUAAAGACACGGGCCGAGGUGUCGCGUGCAGGGAAGCUUCCUCCAAGCACUCGCUGUCGUCUCGUCCGCGCUCCCGCCAGAGAGUCGCCCGUGUCUCGCGCACGAUGGGAAACGCCGCUACCGCCAAGAAAGGCAAUGAGCUGGAGAGCGUGAAAGAGUUUCUAGCCAAAGCCAAAGAAGAUUUCUUGAGGAAAUGGGAAUCUCCACCACAGAGCACAACUGGCUUAGAUGACUUUGACAGACUGAAGACGCUAGGCACAGGAUCCUUCGGCAGAGUCAUGUUGGUAAAACACAAGGCUGCAGAUCAGUUCUAUGCUAUGAAAAUUCUGGACAAACAAAAGGUGGUAAAGUUGAAACAAGUGGAGCACACAUUAAAUGAAAAGAGAAUAUUGCAAGCAGUGUCCUUCCCGUUCCUCGUCAGAUUGGAAUAUGCCUUUAAGGACAAUUCAAAUUUGUAUAUGGUGAUGGAGUAUGUACCAGGAGGAGAGAUGUUCUCACAUCUUAGAAGAAUUGGAAGAUUCAGUGAACCACACGCACGGUUUUAUGCAGCUCAGAUCGUCCUGACCUUUGAGUACCUCCACUCGCUAGACCUCAUUUACAGAGACCUGAAACCUGAGAAUCUGCUCAUUGAUCAGCAUGGCUACAUACAGGUAACAGACUUUGGGUUUGCAAAGAGAGUAAAAGGCAGAACCUGGACAUUAUGUGGAACUCCAGAGUAUCUGGCACCAGAAAUCAUCCUCAGCAAGGGAUACAACAAGGCUGUGGACUGGUGGGCCCUCGGUGUCCUCAUAUAUGAAAUGGCAGCUGGAUAUCCUCCGUUUUUUGCAGACCAACCCAUUCAAAUCUAUGAGAAAAUUGUGUCUGGAAAGGUACGAUUCCCAUCACACUUUAGCUCUGAUCUGAAAGAUCUGCUGAGGAAUCUGCUCCAGGUGGAUCUGACCAAGCGCUACGGGAACCUCAGGAAUGGCGUCAAUGACAUCAAAAGCCACAAAUGGUUCGCCACAACGGAUUGGAUAGCAAUCUAUGAGAGAAAGGUGGAGGCGCCGUUCAUACCAAAGUGCCGAGGCCCUGGGGACACGAGCAACUUUGACGACUAUGAAGAGGAAGAUAUUCGCGUGUCUGUUACAGAAAAAUGUGCAAAAGAAUUUUCCGAGUUUUAAUUUUUCAGAGUUAUGGACACGGCAGAGCUAAAAAUAUGCAUAUAUACGUAUAUUUAUUUAUCUAUAUAUGUAUAUGUGUGUGUGUGUGCGUGUGUAUCACACAACACAUCAAAUAUAAGGGUAUCUUUGCACUCUAAAGACGUGGGAUGAGCAAAGAGCACAUUACCCUUCAAAGUUCUUGUGUACUUCCUUCAUUCCAUUUGACUUUAGAGAUCACCAAGGGUUCUCGUGAUCCACUAUGACGACAUCUAACACUCAUACACUGGCACAUCACUUUAAUUCACACUCUUUAUUAUGUAUUCGCCUUUUUUAAUUUUUUUUUUUGAAAGGUUUUCAUUUAAAAUAUGGACUUUACAAAAGCCAAAUUAUCACUGUUACAUCAAAACACAGUAUAACUGCAGCUCAUUAUUUCUUGGUAGCAUCACACCAGUGUUGCAAUUUAAAGGGAAGGUGUUGCCUUGUAGCCAUCUGCAUUUUCGUGUGUUGUGCAUCGUUUUUAUUUUCUUUUUUACCUCAGACCAAACACUGACAACGUUUUCAGGCGGCUUUUGGGUUUUUUGCUAGUAUUCGUUACUUGUACAUAUCCGUUUGGUUUUUUAAAUUUCGUUUCAACCAUCCCGUGUGUUGAAAGCAUGACCAAAAACCAUCAUGUUGUGGAUGGCAUAGGAAGAAGAGGUCUUUGCCUUAGGAAACACAAUAUUAAAGAGCCCACAGAAUGUUACAAGUGUGUUAUAGUCAUCUUUAUAUGAUAAUGUUACGGUAAAGGGCCAGUCUCAUGCAUAUACUGACAAAUACGAAUAUCUGUUGUUUUACCACUUUUUAUUCAUUAUAAAAAAAUGGUUUGGCUUCCUAUCAGAACUUUCUAACAGUGAGUACAUUUGGUCAGCAUUGCUGUUGGAUGAAUGAUCGCAGUGAGGCACUUAUCAGUACCGUAUGUUCAUUCACUUUUUGGUAAUAAUUUUUCGUCGAUGUUGAAGCUGUUUUGCAAAGUUCACACUGAAAAUUGUAAAACUGCCAAAACUCUUAAAUUUUUUUCUUUUCCAUCAUUGCUGUUUUGAAUUUGUUGUUAUUAUGGAUAAUGUUUGCAAAGUUUGAAUUUUGAGGUACAUUCACACCAACAUAUACUAAGAAAGCGAGUAUGUUAAAAUGAGACAAAAAGCAGAGUUUAAUAAGCCUCUGUUCAUUUGUAUCACAUAUAAUCCAGUUAUUGUUCAGCUCAUUAAGGCGUAUAUGCAUUAUUUCUUAUAAAUGUUUUUAUUUAUACACAUAGUAGAGAGAUGCUAAUAAAUUUUAUUUUUAAAACUUGUA